AUGGCUCGACCGCAGAACUCUCCGAUUUUAGCGCAGCUCCGAAACGCGAAAUCGUUACUUGAGCAGACGGUUGCGCUGCAAGCCCUGAAGAAUGAAAUAGUUGGCCAUGUGCAGAAAAAGGAAGCCUGGAUUGGUCUUGGUGUCCUCGAUCCCAUAGUCAGGACGUUGACAUCUAGCCGAUCGCAGGCGAAACUGAAUGGCAAAGAUGCUACUUCCCAGCUACUGUCACGGCCUCUGUCUGAGGAGGAUUCAGUGAAGCUUCAAGCUCUGCAGCUUGUUGCAAGUUUUGCCAAUGGUGGACCUGCGUUUCUUCAUCCGCUACAUGCAGCUCGCGUCGUACCGGCCAUUUUAGGCAAUAUCUCGCCAUACACGAGUCCUCCUCAGAUUGUUGUUGCUUCGCUCAGAGCGCUUCUCGAUAUUACUUCUGCAGCCUCCCUUGCCCUCCAUCCCUCAACCCUCGAUAUACACACACUUGCCGAUAAUGUCUUCUCCUCACAGCACAUCGAGUCUCUCAAUGCGAUGGUCUCAAUGACGUCCUCGAAAUAUAUCCUCCAAACCGAAGUUUUACUCGCAUCUACCUUGAUAUGCCGUCUAUGCCGAGAAGAGAGACAUCAGCAUGCCCUCACCAUGGGCGGUGUACUGGACUCACUAGCAGCCCAACUGGCAAGAUUCGCCGUUACUGAUGGUCUCGUCGUCCCAGGAGCCGAAGAGCAUGCAUAUGGAGACGGCCUGUACGAAGUGUUUCCCGAGCCGGUCCCUGCUGGCGCCAAAAUUGGACCGAUUCUUGAGGCCAUUAGCUGCGUUAUUGGUGAUUCCAAAUAUCGAGCAAACAGACUCAUAUACUCGCCCUCCAUCAUGGCAAUAUUCCCAAGCGUCAAGUUUGAACCUUAUGAGGAUCCGCGGGAUCCGCAUCAGAUGCAGCCGCCGAGACACAACGGGUUUACUGCCAUGGAAUUUAUCCUCCCCUCGCUACCCAACACAGUCUCCAGAACUCCUUCAGCUGCCCAAUCGUCGUUUCCAACACCAGACCGAUCUGACUCGAGGACGUCUAGCAGAACAUCUCUGAGCAAGUUCGGCUCGUCUGCUGUGUGGGACUCGCCUCGAUUCCAGGCGGCAGGGAAUUCUGGAGAUGCCUCUAAUGAUGAUAUAGAGAGCCCGUUCAUCCCGUGGCUCAUCCACCUGGUGCGGUCGUUAAGCGAUUAUGAACGAUUGAUGGCGGCAGCGGUUCUUGCCGCCCUUUUCAAGGCAGGCCUGGGCAGAAAGAGUGUUCGCGAGACCAGUAUUGGUUUGCUCGUGGUUCCUAUUCUGAUCGGAUUGAUCUCAAAGAACGACAAGGACGGAAUCGAGGUCCUGGAUUCGUCUGAUAUGGUGCGACUCCAAAUACUGGAGAAGGCGCCUGCAAUACUUGCCAGAAUGAUCACCGACAGUGACUAUUUACAGAAGGCAGCCUUUGAUUGCGAUGCUGUCAAAGUUCUCACAAGAUUGCUCAAACGAGCAUAUCAACCGAUUACGGACAUGAUUCAACCGAAGUACUGGUCUCCUAAUCCUGAUACGGGCAUGGAUGUUGAGAGCUCGUCACCUUUGGCACAGCUUGGAGAUAACGGCCAAGAUCCUCUGCUGGCUCACCGAAUUCUUCUACGUGAAUCCGCGCUGAAGGCCAUUGGCGCGCUGUCUGCCGGAAAGGAGGAUUACAGGAAAGCUCUUGUCGCAGAAGACUUUGUUCCGUUCGUAGUAGAGUCUCUUUGCGAGUUUCCCAGAAAACCAAAACAGGCGAAAGACAAGCCAGCCAACGAACCAGCUCGAACGGGGCCGACACCGGCAUACGGCACAAAUCCACAAUCGGUUAUUAUUGCCGGAUGCCAUGUAGUGAGAACAUUGGCUCGAUCAGUGAGCAUCUUAAGGACAGCGCUUGUCGACCAUGCUGUUACUUUACCCAUAUUUCGCUUCAUGCGUCACCCAAACAUCAAUGUUCAGAUUGCUGCCACCGCCACAAUCAUCAACCUCGUUGUAGAGGUCAGCCCUGUUCGAGAGCUCCUUACUGAGAACGGGGUAAUGAAAGUGUUGUGUGAACAUGCUCAUUCAGAUAAUCCUGCGUUACGAUUAAAUGCCCUAUGGGCUCUGAAGCACUUUGUGGAUGCUGUUGGCCCGGAGCUGAAGAAAGCAUGCCUCGAGCAACUUGAACCUGGGUGGUUGGUGCAGUUGAUAUGUGACGAUAGCCAAGAAUCGUCCUUGUUUUCUCUGAAGGCUAAAGAGUCGUCAGGGGAUGACUUGGACGAGGAUAUGGACAUGCAGCCUUCAGACGAACCGCUACGAUGGCUAUACGGAAUGAAUGGGGCGAUACGAGAGCUAGACGCUUCCCGAUCAUCGAGAUUGCGACAGGCAGAAGACCGGCUGUCUUCUGUACGCGAAGCAGAAGUGAAUCCUGCUCGGAAGGCACGAAAUGACGACCUGGCUAUUCAAGAGCAAGGUUUGGAUUUUAUUAGAAACUUCAUCGGACGGCCGGAAUCCGGAGCAUCAUCGGAAGCUCCGAGUGAGACUACUGAGAUGAUUGACUACUUGUUUAGCGAGCUCGGUCAAGAUCGCCUCUUUGAGAUUCUACUCUCAAAAUUGCGAUCAAAGAUGCUGCACCCCUUCGCCAGAAGGGCACCCACCAGCGGUAAAGAAACUAAAAUGAUUUAUCCACAACCCAAGAUCAUUGUAGCCGUCAUAUGCAUCCUCGUCCACAUGGCAGCUAGUAUUCCUCGACACCGGCAGUUGGUCAUUGCUCAAACGGAACUCUUGAAGGCCCUCACCCAGCACGCUAACAGCAAGGAUCGAGGCGUGCGGGCAUCGCUGUGUCACCUCGUCAUCAAUCUCACUUGGCAGGAAGACGACACCGAGGCACAAGCCUGCUCACAACGGGCAAACGAGUUGAAGAGGCUUGGCUUCUACGCCAAGAUGGAGACGCUGAAGCAUCAAGACAGAGAUUUGGAUGUGCGCGAGAGAGCCAAGACGGCUGCUUGGCAAAUCGAGCAGGCGACUUACUAG